AGUGGAAACGUGCACAUCACAUGCCUCUUUUCGUUUUACGGCCCUAUUUUAUAUGUAACCUGCCUUCUCCAUUCUCUCUCACAUUCCUCUUUUUUUCUUCUCAAAUCGGAUGAAAAACAAGUGACGUAAAAUCUUUAAUCUCGGUUUCGAUCUUUUUUUCUUCUAUGGCCGAACCAUCCAGAAGCCAAACCAGCACCCAGCCGAGCAGGCUCCAGCGUCGUCGUCCGGCUUCUCUGCAAAUCAGUCCAGUGUCCACUUGGAACGUGGCGAUUCCGCUCCUAUCACCGCUUGCUUCGUCACCGACGUCGAUUGACUUGGCCGCUGAGAUUAAGUCUCGGACGGAUUCACGGCAAGAGCAACGGACAGAAGGUGAGAAGCUGGUGUUCAAGAAGUGGCAGCAUCCGGCCGCUCCGUUCUGUUACGAAAAGGCUCCGAUUAAACCGUUCUUUUCUGUACCAGCAUAGCCUGUAGAAUAGGAUGGUCAAAAGUAGAUAGAGGAUUUAAAUCUGACGGUGUAUGUGGUGAACAACAUGCACGUGAUUUAACUAUUUGUAUAUGCUGUUCUUCUUGUUUUAUUUAUCACUCUGUUACCAUAAUUAACCUGAUUUGUUCAUAACUAAUAAUAAUUUCUUGUUUUGAAA